AUGGAUCGUGAGAAAACAAACGAGACUAGCCUUCGCAAAGCCUCCAUCUUGGAAGGUGAAGCAAUUAUUCCUCGCCUCAAGCCACGCAUCAUAUUCAUAAUUGUGUUCCUUGGCUUUGGGUCUGCAUCCAUGGGCUACGCCUCCUCCAUCAUCGCCACUACUCUAUCCCAGCCCUCGUGGUAUGCAACCAUGAAACUAGGUACAACGUCAGACAUGACUGCACUCAUAGGGGCCACCAACGGCGGUUUCUACGCCGGCGGAGCCUUUGGAUCAAUCUUCAGUGGCUACUUUGCACACAGAUAUGGGCGCAAGAAGUCUGCUGCACUUGCUGCACUGAUCAUCCUUAUAUCAAGUGCUCUUAUAACUGCCUCUUAUCACAUCGCCAUGUUCAUCACUUUCAGGGUCUUUCAGGGGUGGGGAUCGUUUCAGAUGCUGUCUACAAUUCCUAUGUGGAUGGCCGAGUUGGUGCCUCCUCACAGAAGAGGCAUGCUGGUGCAGAUACACCCCGCAAUGAUCAAUACUGGUUACACCGUUGCUUCCUACACCGGUGUCGGGUUCUUCUACUAUACUGGUGGUGGUAAAGAUACUUGGCGUGGUCCGCUGGGGCUUGCUGGAUUGUUUCCUCUGCUACUUCUGCUCGGAAUCUACUGGAUACCAGAGUCACCUCGAUAUCUGUUAUCCAAUGACAGGAAGGAGGAGGCAUGGGAUGUCCUUCGACAGCUUCACGCAGACCCAAGAGAUCCCAACCAUCUUUAUGCGAAGAAUGAGCUAGAUCAAAUCGAGCGACAAGUCCACCUCGAUAACGCAGAGUCCGCAAAGUCAAUAUCCGGGAACUACCUCAAGAUCUUCCAACGAGCUUCUUUUAGAAAACGUUUCUUUAUGACUAUUUUCUUGACCUUUGCGCAGAUGAGCUCGGGUGCUCUGGUUGUCAACAAUUAUGGCGGCCUUAUUUACAAGAGCCUCGGAUUUAGCAGUUCUGCGGUACUCCAAAUGCAGGGUGGCUACCAAUUAUGUGGAUGGGUCAUGAACACUGCGAAUAUGUUUUUUAUCGACAAAUUCCCACGAAACAAGCUGCUGUGCUUCGGAUUCGCCACCUGCGGAAUUACCGUCAUUUUCGAAGCUGCCCUCCAGAAACAUUACCUCGGAACGACUUAUCAGCCAGGAUUGAUUGCAUGCACAGCGUUCCUCUUCCUGAACGUUACUUGUUUUGGUCUGUUUGUAGAAGGCCCUGGUUUCACUUACAUUGCGGAGAUUUGGCCAACAUUUCUUCGGGGUGAGGGUUAUGCUCUUGGUAUGUGUAGUCUAUGUGUGACGAGCAUUAUCUGGCUACAGUCAGCACCCACUGCCUUUGAAUCGAUCGGUUGGAAAUUCUAUAUUAUUUUUAUUGUUAUUGAUGCUAUUGCUGCGGUUGUUGUAUGGUUUUAUCCUGAUACACUGGGAAAGCCUCUUGAAGAAAUUGCGGCGGUCUUUGGAGAUACAGAUAUGGUGGCUCUGGUGCCUCGAGAAGAUGUAUUAAAGUCAGAGAGCGAUAACACUGCUUGA